CGUUACCAUAAUAUAAUAUACUUACUUUCAAAUGGGGGUUUUCUGUUUAACUCUUGAUUAGUCUUGGUUUGAGAACAUUUGUGCAAGACAGAAGUUAAGUACCUGUAUUAGUACUUUUAAACUAUACAGAUCAAUAUGAAGAAAAAAAACAGCAACAUCAAAUUCACUUGUGGAAAAGUGGACUCUGGUUGAGAUAUAUGGCACAACAAUAAAGAUCACUUGGAAAAAUCUUCAGACGGUUUCUGUUGUUGAAAACAUAUGCUUGGAAAUAUACUUUCUUUUCCCUCCGGAGAAAAUUGGAGAUAAAGCCCAUCGUCUUUCUGUUGUUGAAAUAAUAUGCUUGAAAAACAGAGCUGAACAUCUCAAUUGGUUGGUUAUAUAUUUUAGUAAAAUAUAUUUUUUAUUUCAGUCACUUGUCUGUCAAGAUACCAAGCAAAUGAGGCGAAAGCAUAUAAAAAAUCACAUGAUAAUUGCAUAGCUAGAAAAUAAGUAUUUCGAGUCUAUAAAAAUAGCAUGCAUAGAGCCGUUACAGAAACCAAACUAUAUUAACUUUCUUGCCGGGCACAUAAAGAAUAUUGAAAAUGGAAACAGCUUUAGCUUAGACCAACUGGAUUUUUCUUCCGAAGCAGGGAUGAACGAGUAGGGAGAGCAGGUCUAUCUAUUGAUAUGUCUGUUGCAUUUUCCAGAUGCACAAACAAACAUCACCUAAAUGGAUUAUUUGGAGCUAAGCAUAAUCAAAUUAUUAAUUUAUCUUUCAUAUAUUUUAUAUUUAUAUUAUAUAUUUUAAUUUCUUAAUUUAAAAAUAAAUAUUAUAUUGGUGAAUUGUAAAAAUUAUAUAGAUAUCAAAAGAAAUUAUAAAAUUUUAAAGUUAUAUUAACAUUAUUAUUAAACUUUUUUUUGUCAAACAUUAUUAUUUAACUUAACUAAUUUAGAUUGAUUUAAAUUGAUUUAUAGCAAUUUAAAACGUGUCAAACUGAUUUGAGUAGUAUAAAUCAAAAUUUUAAAAAAGUAAUUUCAUUAUAACCAAUUUGCUGUUUAAACACUAAAUCGAUUUUAAGUAUAUUGAAAAAACUCAUACUAAAUAGGUAAUUAUAAAACCAAGUUAACCGAAAGUCUUAAUUACGUCAUAUCACACUGAAAUUGACAGACAUAGACAUAGACUGAUCAUCUUCCAGAGUCUAAAAUAUAGAAUAAUCAAUGACAAUUAGUCAAUUACGUACAGCCAAAGAAAAUGAAAAUCAACAGCUAGUAUAUUUUAAAAUAAUUAAUUUCAAGAAUUUAAGUUUUUGAUUCGGAAAAUCAAACACAAGAGACAAGACAAGACCAGGAUGGACGACUUGUUAGUCGUCUUCUGGAUUGUCCUCUUAACCUCUGUUCUUGUUUCUGCAGAUAUAUGCUUUGAAAGAUCUGGUUUUUUCACACCCAAUGAUACUUAUGACUUAAACCGCCGACUCAUGCUCUCUUCUCUUCCUUCUAACGUCACAGCUAAUGACGGCGUCUACACAACAUCGACCGGACAAGAUCCCAACAGAGCGUACGGUCUAGGGAUGUGUGUCCCAGGUACUCACGCUCGAUCUUGCUCUGACUGUAUCAUCUCUUCAUCUGCUAGAUUGUUACGGAAUUGUACUAACCAGACGGAAGGUAUAGACUGGAGGAUGGACAGGACACUCUGUCUUGUACGCUACUCGAACCGCUCAUUUUACGGGUCGCUUGGUAUGGAGAUUCUACGGAGUGAGAACUAUACAAGAGAUGUUCAGGCUAACAUGACAGAUCUAGAGAUUACAUGGGAGGCUUUGAUGAUUGGUUUGAUAGAUCAAGCUUCCUCUUUGUCCUACGCAGCCGGAAUAAGAAAGCUUGAGUCGUCUAUCUCCCACGUUUACAGUGUUGUGCAGUGCAGUAAAGACGUAUCUCUUGAAAACUGCACUCAUUGUCUUCAAGAGAACGUGAUUGAGUAUAGGUCUUGUUGCCGUGGGAGACAAGGAGGCAUUAUUUCUAGGUCUAGCUGUUUCAUUCGGUGGGAGGUUUAUCCGUUCUUGGACCUUUUCGAUAAUAUUGCUCUUGAGAAAGAUGGUAAAAAGAUUUCUACGGGAACUAUUGUGGCGAUUGUCGUUGUUCCCGUUGUAUUGCUUGCCCUAGGAUAUGCUCUUUGGGAGAGAAGAGAAGCAUUCAAAGCAUUUACAACCGAUACUGGGGAUGAUAUUACAACUUCAGGUUCACUUCAAUUCGAGUUUAAAGCAAUUGAAGCUGCCACAAGUAAUUUUCAUAAUACUAACAAGCUUGGUCAUGGUGGAUUUGGUGAAGUUUACAAGGGAACGUUACCGAAUGGAACACAUGUUGCUGUGAAGAGGCUGUCUAAAAUGUCAGGACAAGGUGAAGAAGAGUUCAAGAACGAGGUGUUUCUUGUAGCAAAGCUUCAACAUAAGAAUCUUGUUAGGCUUCUUGGGUUUUCUGUCAAAGGAGAAGAAAAGAUAUUAGUCUACGAGUUUUUGCCUAACAAAAGUCUCGAUCAUUUCCUUUUUGACCCUAAGAAGAGUAGUCAACUGGAUUGGACAAAACGAUACAACAUUAUCGAGGGAAUUACUCGUGGGAUUUUGUAUCUUCAUCAAGAUUCGCGACUCACCAUUAUACACCGUGACCUCAAAGCGGGUAACAUUCUCUUAGAUGAAGAUUUGAAUCCGAAGAUUGCAGAUUUUGGUGUGGCUAGAAAUUUCAGUGUGGACCAAACUGAAGCUACCACAGGAAGAGUUGUUGGAACAUUCGGUUACAUGCCACCCGAGUACGUGACAAGUGGACAGUUCUCCAUAAAAUCUGAUGUGUAUAGCUUUGGAGUAUUGGUUUUGGAGAUUAUUUGUGGAAAAAAGAAUAGUAGCUUCAACGAGACAGACGGCUCAAUCAGCAACUUGGUUACAUAUGUGUGGAAGCUUUGGAACAAUGACUCAUUGCUGGAAAUGAUAGACCCGGCCAUGGAGGAGAAUUAUGACAGAUGUGAAGUCAUUAGGUGCAUCCACAUUGGAUUGUUAUGUGUUCAAGAAAAUCAUGUGGAUCGCCCAACCAUGUCUACAAUCUAUCGUAUGCUCACUAAUGCUUCUAUUACUUUGCAUAUGCCUCAACCACCUGGAUUUGUCUUCACGGUCAGAUCCAAGUCAAACCCAUUAGAGGAGAGAUCGCAAUGUGGUCCGUCUACUAGUAUAUCGAUUACGUGUGUUAGUCCUCGUUAAUAGCUAGGCUGAUGUUUGAGAUGUAUAGUCUUUUACAGACUUAUGAUUGAUGAAGAAAUAUUGAUUCAAAAGCUUAAUAUCAGCUAGUCCAAAAAGAUGACCUUAAAGA